AUGAUGAAAAUUAAGUUAAAAAGAGAGAAAUUUAUCGAAAAGAUUAAAAGCGCAAAUACCCACAACGACAUUGCAAUCUCCGCAAUGUUGGUCGUCAGAAUUGGUGUCAACGCAGCUAGCGUCACAAAGAGCGCACUACAAAAUGAUUACGAGAAUUUAGGAAAAGUUUAG